AUGUCGGAAAUCACCAUCCGACGAAGUAGGACUACCCGUGGCGACGGCGAGCUGCUGAUCCAGAUGUUCGACAGCCAGCUACCCUGGCUUCAGUCUAUAGGGAGUGGUGACCAAUGGGGCUCCUCCUUCAUACGAGAUGACCCUGCAAAAAAGGCCAAGUAUCAUACGAAAGUCAACCAAAGUGAAGUUUCUGAGCAGCAACAGUGGAGCCCGCAGUGGACCGGGGUCUAUAUCGCAGAGCGGAAGCAGGCCUUGAGCAACCCCAAGGAUCGUGAAGCAGAAGUUGUGCCUGUCGCGGCAUUGAUCCUAGAAGCCAAGUCAGCUGAUUACGUUCGCCCUGUACUUCUCGAGCAAGACAAAAAGGAUCCAUUCCUGUAUCUGGCUUAUCUCCUGACCGAUCGCACGGCAGGAGAUCUCGGCAAAGGAGCUGGAGCUGCACUGAUAUUACAUACCAAGGUGGAAGCUAGGCGGCUUGGCUUGAGCCGCAUCUGUAUGGACUGCUGGAGUGGCAAUGGUGGUAAACUUGUGCAGUAUUACGAACGGCAAGGCUUUACGUCUUUGGGUUCCUUUGGUGUCAACAAGCUUGACGACUGGCCUGGAGAAGUUCUGGAAAUGCGGCUGUGA